UGCUGGUAGCGAACGAACGUGCUUGAGUGAACAGUUGUUAUUAUCGACGUAAAUUCGUAGCUUAUCGACAUUACGUUUCUUGUUACAGGAUUCUACAUUGGUUUUAUUCAAGUUUUAUAUUGUCUUUUUGGUGCUGUUCUACAUGUAAGACCCCAUCAAUAGGAGUAUGAGUAAAAGAGGUAAAAGCUGAUUACUUAGGAGAUGGCAGACUGGACUAGAGCAAGUAACUUUACAGGACUAUCUGAGAUGACUGCUUCAAAUUUAAUUGCCAAUGGAUUUCCACUGAAGUACAUGAUACAGUCAGACAAGUCUCCUAGUGGUGGGUUAGGAGAGCCAAAUGGACUGCAGUUGUCACCUUCUCCACCUCGUCCUUUGAAUCAGCACCAUUUAAAGCUUAUGGACAAGUUGGUGCAUCCAGUGUUUUGUACUAGGGAAAAUGUAGACCAGUGCAUAGCGUUUCUUGAUCAGGAAUUAUCAGUUUUAGGUUUCCCUUCUUUGUAUACAACAUCACCAAGUGAUAAAGGCCCGCCAGAUACUUUUGAUAUUGUUAGACUUAUAAAUUGUACUUUUGAAUUACUACAAAGACAUCAGAAAAGUAUGAGACAUACAGAAGAGUUAGAAGUCAGACAACAUCGUAAUUUCACUGACUUAGAUCAUCUUCAUUCAAACCAAACAAGACUAAAAGAUGAACUUGAGGGCAGUCAACGGAAUAUUGCUGCCUUGUGUGAAAAAGAAAGACAGUUAAAAAAUAAAAAUAAAUCAGUAAUUGAAAAAAUGAAGGCAGGGAAAGAAGACCUCAGAAAAUUGGAAGGAAUUUUGAAGCAGAGAGAUUCUCAAUUUAAACAUGAUAUCAAGAAAACUGAAAAAGAAGUCAAUAAAUUGAAAGAAAGAGUGCACCAGUUAUUAACGGAUAAAACUCAGGAGAGGAGAAUAGGAAUGGAUAUCUUGAAUUCUUUACAGAGAGCUGAUGGUAAAAGAGGAAAAUGGAAAACUGCUGGGCAAAAUAGUAAGCAUGAAGAAGACAUGUACAGGCUAAUUAUCACUAAUUAUGAAGAAAGACAGAAAGAAUUGAUGCUGGAAAAUCAAGAUUUGAGAGAGUCUCUGCGUAAUAUGGAGAAAGAGUUGGUGGAUCUUUUGAAUCAACAGUCACCGGUUAAAUCAAAUAAGUCUACUUCAUCAGAUGAAUCUGAAGAUGAAGAGACUGCCUCAGUGUCAUCGUCUGUUGAAGAGUUGUCUACUGGUCAUUAUCAGAUGCCAUUUGACAUGGUGAGAGAAGGUAUUGAAAAAAGUAUGAGACAAAAAUGGCGAAAACUUAAAGAACAUAUAAAAAAGAUUGAAAAUGGGAAAGAAACAAGAAACAGAGAAUCUGAUAAUACUGAACAGAUAGAAGUCUUAGUAGCCGAGAGAACUAGUCUGUCUAAAAAGAUUGAAGUGUAUAAAGGAAUUAUUGAUCAACAGGAACAGCUUCUAAUGCAGUAUCAGACAAACGCAAUUAAUAAAGAAGAUCAUAAUUUAUCUUUUCUACGUGAUUCUCAUUUACUGGAAGAAAAAGAAAGUUUUUCCCAGGAAAAGACAUUGUUUUAUCAACAGAAGGCUGCUUUUGAAGAAGAGAGAAGGAAAUUUACAGAAGCUGCAAUCCGCUUAGGGCAUGAGCGAAAAAAGUUUGAAGAAGAGAAGGCUGGGUUUCUCAAACAGCAGUUUUUCCAGGUGACUUCUGAAGCGCAUCAAGUCUCUCCAACUCUCAGACCUCCACGAUCUAUAUCGACAGCUAAAAGUCCUGCAAAUGCAGCUCGAGUACUUCCAAUGACUCCCGACUCCUUGGAUGCUACAAGUACUGGUAUCAGCGCCAGUUCCUUGAAAAUGACUCCACAGAUACCUGGUUUCCCAUCAAUUAUGAGAACACCUCAAACAAUUGAACUCUACCGUGCAUUGCAGUUAGUUGCUGAUAAUGGAGAGUAUAUAAAUGAUUCUGUGGGCAGUACUUCUAAGUAUACCAUGAACACUAGCAAGUGGCUUCAACUUGAAAGUGAUAGUGACACUUCUAGCAUCCGAUCCAGUAUAUCCAGUCAAGAGGGGUCUUUGUCUAGCAUUGCUCGUAAACCAUUUAGUGUUCACAAUCAAACUGACAGCCAGAGGUCAAGUUUGGAAAACCUGACAUCUGUCAGUCAGCGAUCAAGUCUGGAAAAUUUACAUCGCACAACUCUGGAAAAUCUGCACCGUACAAGUAGCGACAAGAGUAGUAUAGAAGAUCUACUAAGCUUGGAGGGUAAAAGAAGUACUCGUAGUACUAGCAGUCGGAGUAGUAUUAGCAAGUCAAGUACUGAGGGUAGGAAGAAAAGCAGCAAACGAAAAGAAGAACAUAGGGUGAAUGUGAAGAAUGCUGUAGCCAGACGUGGAAGUAUUCCAGGCAAGCUAGAUUAGCUCAAGUUGAUCUGAUCUGCUAAAAUGAAUCAGUAACAACAUUUCCCUAUUUUGUUAUGAUUUAGAAAUGAGUGACAAAACUACAAUUUAUGGCAAAACAUGGGAGUUUUUAUCCUAUGGUUUUGCCAUUGUCGAAAUUCACCAUAAUUUGAUAAGCAAGGUAUGUAUUGUGUCCAUGCAUUUUACAACAGAACAUUGUACUUGGUAGUUUAAAAAAACAAACAGAUGGCUUGUAGAAUUCUAAAUUGUCUCCUGAAAUGUUGUUUCUGGUUUAUUCCAGCAUAUGUGUUUGUCUACAGGGAGAAUCUAUAAUACAACACUGCCAUUGCAUUAAUGCAGUAAUUAAGUCCUGCCUAAAAUAAUGAUUUGUAUAUAUUUAUAUUUACAAAUAGAGAGGGGCAAGCAGGGUAGUUAUUUUUUUUUCUACAUAUCAGUUGAAGAAUAAAUAUUUGUAUAAUUUGUGUAUGUAAAAAAAGACAAAGAAAUCGUUUAUAAUGAAAACUUUUUUCAAUUACUAGUAUGCUGUCUUCCAAGUAACUGUAGAACGAUUGUGUUGAUUUGUGGAAUAACAUUUUUUGUUUGUAUUUAUCGCUCUGAUGUUAUUGCUUUCCCUUUUCCGAGCAGUGCUGGAUACUGGGUGCUAAAAUAGGUACUAAGUCGUGCUGUAUUUUUACAUUCACAUGUACCCUUGGAUCUGGAUAAAAGAUCCGGAAUGGUACAUGCAUCUUCCAAUAUUUUCUCUUUUUCUGGUGCUUUGUAUGAAGUGAAAAACUACUUUAUAUUUCUUUGUGCUAAGGAAGAAAAAUCCUCAUCAAGUUUAUUAUUAAAUAACUACAUACUAAACAGGGCAAAGAAAUGUGAAAUUUGAUGUGCUUAUAAAUGUAAAUGUCAUCAUUUCUGGUCUUUGUUUUUUUCAACUUGGGUGCUUAUGCUUAUAUACAGACUUAGCUAUGCACUUUGAUUCAAAUUAGUCCUGUACAUACUCACCAUACUCUAGUGUAUAUUCAGACAAAAAAAUAUUAAUUAACCUCAUCUUACUAAUUGAGAAAAAAAUAUUAUAAAUUGAAAGCUAUAAAAUUUAUUCAGAAAAAAAUUCAGAAAGUCUAUUUAGAAUAUAAUUUUUAUUUAUGAAUUUACUGGCAAAUCUGAGUAAAUGCGAUAAUGAUUUGUGGGUGUGAUUCUUUGGUCACAUUGUGUAUAGUCUAAAUCUUAAGUAAGGUGGUGGAUUAACGCUAGAUUGAAACUGGCAAAUAUUGACUUGGGUGUGAAGUCUAUUACCCAAAAUUGUUAUUCCACAUAUUGUAUACAAUGCUAGGUAGGCUAUGCUCCCAAAGCUGCAUUAGUGAUUUUUUGGGCUUCAGAGUUGAGCUUAAUGCCCAUAUAUUUUUUUGAAGCAAAUGAUAUUGCCUAUAUAUAUAUACGAAUUUUUUUUCUGUGGCGUACUGUACUUUGUUCUUGUUUUACAUGAAAUUAUGUCUAUUCAGAGAUUUUUACAUUGCCACAUUCCAAUUACUAUGCAUUGUAAAUAUAUUUACCUAUGCCUUGCAUAUUCAUGUUUUUUUUUACCUGUCCUGUGAACCAGUUAAGCCUCUGUAGUUUUAAGUAUUUUGAACACAGGUCUUUCACAUUCAACCAUUCAUUCUACUGUACCCAGACAAUACCAACUCGGUAACAAGAAUGUUAGUGGCAUCUGGGCUAUCAUCUUGCAGACAUUUUUAAUUAACAUGCAUGAUGAUGAUCAGAACAUUGUUAUUAUUGUUCUGUGCCUUAUAAUUUUCCUUCGUCUGAAUGAGGGUAUUUACAAUCAUCAUCAUUAUCUCAAAUUGGUUUGUAGCAGAAUCAACUUGAACAAUGCUUAUCAUGCAAAUAAUGUGCCCACCUUUGAAAAUAUUAUGCAAGUGACAAAAGCAAACUUUAUUAGACAAUUUAAUAAAGACAAAUUGAUCUUUGAUUGUACAUACAUGAUUUGAUAUGUUUGAGGCCUUUUUUUUCUGAUGUUGGAGGGAAAACUGGAUCGGGCAGUUCAGAUUUACAAAUGCUGUGUAUGUGAUGAUUAUUGUAUACAUGUACGUCUAUUAAGUAAAUAU